AAUAUUUACGGUGACAUGGCGUAUCCAGUUGGUGGCAGCCUUCAUUGGACCCCCUAUAAAGCCAACUGGGCCGACAACAGUUCGAACAACUGUGACGACGACGCCACCAGAGAAAUUUCAUUUGGGUACAGAAAAGAUGAAUUGGUAUGGCGCAAAUGUAUACUGCCAACGUAACAAUUGGAAACUUUUGGUUUUGGACUCAGCAGAAAUCCAGAAAGAAUUUGAGGAUUUUAUUAACCAAAAAAAUUUGCAAAACCUUAACUAUUGGACAGCCGGCAAUCAAUUAGUAGAUAUGAAAACAUGGCAUUGGGAUUUAGACGGGCCGGCAUUCAAUUAUACUCAUUGGGCAAAAGGUCAACCAGAUAAUUAUAAAGGCAGUCAGCAUUGCUUGCAAUUAUUUGCGGAUAGUUUGCAAUGGGAUGACUGCAAUUGUGAAAUCCACUUGAAUUUUGCAUGCUUGAAAUAUUAA